AUGGCACCAUCCACAACAUUCUCCAAAGCCAAGGACGCUGCCAAUUAUUUGCAACACACCUUGGACCCUAAGCUGCAGAAGCCAAGGGUAGCUAUCGUUUGUGGAUCUGGUCUAGGAACCCUUGCAGAUGCGGUUCACGAGCAGGCAAAGACCGCUAUCGACUACUCCUCAAUCCCCCAUUUCCCACUACCUACGGUCCAAGGACAUGCCGGAAAACUGGUUUUUGGAUUCCUUGGAAGCGAAACACCGGUUGUUUUGAUGGUUGGUCGCAUACACUAUUACGAGGGCCAUUCCGUGGAAGAUGUCACCUUUUAUGUGCGGGUCCUCAAAUUACUAGGCGUGGAAACCAUAAUAUGCAAGUUGACAAAUGCCGCUGGAGGCUUAAACCCCGAGCAUGCAGUCGGAGAUAUAACUCUUCUGAACGAUCAUAUAUUUCUCGCUGGGUUUGCCGGUCUCCAUCCACUACGAGGCCCCAAUGCAGACGAAUUUGGCGUGCGUUUCCCAUCUCUAUCAGAUGCAUAUGAUUUAAACUUGCGUCGCCAAGUACAUGCAGCAUGGCAGAAGAUUGAGAAAGCAGAUAAAAGACGACUGCAUGAAGGCGUCUAUGCGUUUGUAUCAGGGCCAAGUUACGAAACUCGUGCUGAAUGCCGCAUGCUCCGACAACUCGGCGCGGAUGUGGUGGGAAUGUCGACAGUGCCUGAGAUUAUCGUAGCAAGACACUCAGGCAUGCGUGUGCUUGCAUUUAGCCUUGUAACAAACAACGCAGUUCUUACCCCGGUACCCCGCGGCGAUGAUCACCUCCUGCAGUCAUCAACUACUAGUGAUCUUGAUGCAAUACUUGAGGAGGGCAAGGCUAAUCAUGAAGAAGUCCUCGAAGCGGGACGACUAGCUGCACAAGACAUGCAGCGGUUGGUGGUCCAAAUCAUUACCGACGUAUUUGAGAAUAGAGAAAGUGCCCACCAAUAAAAGGGUGGUGGUACUCUGGUUGGGAAAAUGAUGAGUUUUUGCAACCAAGAAUCAGAUAUGUUCAACGUCGCCUUUUUGCCCGUAGGCUAUUAUAGUAGGACUUUUUCCCACUCUUCUUGGAUUCUUGGAUUUGGUUAUAUUUGGCCUUAAAACGUCCAGACUCGUUCUCUGUAGCAAUGGCCUCUUCGGCAAAAGUCUUCUUACGGUCCUUCUUCACGACACGGGACUUGAAGAACUCAGUGGGUCCUUCAAUGAUAGUUCCCACCUGAGAAUACUGUGGUGUAUUUGCCUUGCCGUUUUCCUUCUUAUAGUGUCUUUUCGGAUCUAGGACAUUGCGCAUUCGAAGGAGUUGGAAUUCUCUCUUAAGCUCUGGUGUUAUUUGGGUUUUUGGCAAGUUAAACCAAUCGCCGCCGGCGUCAUCCU